GAGGAAGGGUUAUCCAUGCAUAUACUCCUGGUAGCUGCAAUGCACCUUGUCAAAAUCGCUUGGCUUUUUAUUUUCAUCCUCCUUUUAACCAUUCCAUCCCCCCCCCUUUAAACUUUGCAUAUUACGAUUAAUAAUAAUAAGAUACCCUUUGCCUCUCUUUCUUUCCCUUUGCUUCGUUUUCCACAACAACAACAACAACAACAACCGUUCUCCCAUACGACCCUGUAUAAAUGUUUACUCGCGCAAGGCACACGAGUGCCUCGUCGAGCGGCGGUGGCGGCCAAGGCACCUACACCCGUUUACAACAACAUGAUGACUUUGAUGACGAUUUUGACGAUCUGACCGCCCAAACGUCCAUUGCACGCCAUCCCAACUCUUUACUUGUUUCCAGCAGUUUGCAUAGUGCUAUUGUCCCACCAUUACCACAAGCCACGCCAUUACCUGAAGGCGAUCCUAUUGCUACUAUUACUGCUACUACUACUACUACUACACCAGGAGGAGGUGAAAUCAACAGUGACACCAUUCUAGAGGAUGACAAUGAGGAAGCAGGAUUGUUUCACUUUUCAGCCCGUGCGUCCAUGUCAGCCAAACGAGCAGCAGAGAUUCCAAUCGCCACCCAACGGUACAUUCGAAACAAGCUGCCGUUUCGCAAAAAGACGGCAACGGAAGCAUCGUUUGCUUCUCUACCUCAAGUUAUUAUGGCCGAUAUUCAGCAAGGCGAUAUGCCUUCUCAAGCGGACCCGAUGCUCAAGGAGUUGCCGAAACGCGGAUGGACGAUUGUACGUCGGCGGCGGUUCCGUGGUGGCAGACGCCGCAUGCUCGGAAAAAACAAAAAGCACGUGCGCGGCAUGUCGCUAACACCGUUGUCAUUUGAUAACACUUUGGCUCAGACCGAUCAGUUGUCGACGUCCGUGUUUGUGAAAUGGGACCCGAACGGAGCAGCAGUAGCGUCGUCGUCGGCCGCUUCCUUGCCAAGUCAAUUGUCGAUGCAACGAGUGUCGUCUCCACCGCAGCAAUUACAGUUAGAGCAGCAACAGCAGCAGCAGCAGCAACAACAUCAAUAUCAGCAUAAGGACAUUCCGGUCAGUAAAGAAGAAUUCGAGUCUGUGGUGCAGUCCGUUCGGUCGGCGAUUGAUAACGGGGGCGUGCAGCCAACGCGCAUCAGCCAGGGCUCGAGUGGGUCCUACUUUUGUCGCAAUAGCCAAGGCAAGAUUGUAGGGGUAUUCAAACCGAAAAACGAAGAACCGUAUGGCCGCCUCAAUCCCAAGUGGACAAAGUGGAUCCACCGACAUUUGUUCCCUUGCUGCUUUGGCCGGAGUUGUCUGAUUCCUAACCUCGGCUACAUUUCUGAAGCUGCGUCCUCCCUCAUUGACCGUCGUCUCGGUACAUGUCUUGUCCCACACACUGACGUGAUCCACUUGGCAUCGCCUUCGUUCCACUAUGACUAUCUCGAUCGUCGCUCUGCGUCCGUGGUCGGGCUUCCUCCAAAGAUCGGUAGUUUUCAAUGUUUUCUGGAUGGGUUCCAGGACGCCAACUUGUUUUUGCGCGAUCAUCCGUUUCCUGUGGAUCAAUAUCAUUCGUCGUCGUCGUUGAUGCGGGGCACUUCUGUUUGGGCCGGGUGCAUGGGUCAGGACACUUAUGAUGAUGAUGAUGAUGAAGACUACAAUAACAACAAUGACGAAGGCGACGAUCAUCACCUUCAUCAACACAACAACAAUUCGGCAGAUGGAUAUGCAGCCUUGACUAGUCACCCUCGUGAUGCGCAGGAAAUGUUUGCGGAAGUAGUGACGGAUGAGCGCUAUGAGAGUGAUCAGACACAUGUUAAUCGUUCUCCCACGGCUAUUGCUCAUACAAAAAAAGGGUUUCGCUGGAAGCAUCGUAUCCAGGACCAAUUUAAGGUUGAAUUUGAACAGCUGGUGAUAUUGGAUUAUCUGAUCCGUAAUACCGAUCGUGGACUGGAUAACUGGAUGAUCAAAUUUUGCCAAGAGGGUAGUAGUACGAGUAGUAACAGCGGCAGUGGAAGCAGCAGUCCAACAGCAAGCGGAAGCUUACUGGACGCAGUCAAACAGGCAUACGUUCAAGUAGCAGCAAUAGACAACGGACUUGCGUUUCCUUUCAAACAUCCAGACCAAUGGCGAUCUUAUCCUUAUGGCUGGCUCGCACUCCCUGAGCCCUUGAUCGCACGUCCAUUUUCCGAAACAACACGACACAAGUUCUUGAGCGUCUUGUCGGAUCCAGUCUGGUGGCGACAAACGGUGCAUGAGCUCCACGACUUGUUCAAGACCGACUCUGAUUUUGAUGAACGCAUGUUUCAACGACAAAUAGCAGUAUUGAAAGGUCAAGGAUUCAAUAUUGUCCGUGCCUUGUCGGAUCCGCAUGCAACCCCAAUUGAUCUCGUGGCUACGGAACGCGUUCUUGUCAAUCGAGAAGAAAUUUUGAUCGAAUAUGAUGAACGAUUGAUACAACAGCGAAGUCCUCACCAGCAGCAACAAUCGCCAAGACGGUUACGUACCAAGCGGUCAACUUCGUUUGAUUUGUCGAUGCAUCAGUCCUCUUCUUCUUCGUUUGAUAGUAUACCAGCCCAACUUCGUCAGCAACAGCAAAAACAGCAACAGGGACAGGAGCAGGGACGAUUGCCGUGGAGAGAUCGAAUUACAAGCCGCAUGUCCGUAGACUUGGGUCGUCGUCGACGGCGACGGUUGAUGAAAAACUUGCGUCUCGGACGAAACGUGGGAAGUGACGGUGAGAACGAGUCCUCGAGUGAUGAUGAAUCGGAAGAUGAUACCAACAAGAAUGUUCGUAAGCGCGUAACGAUCAUCAUGGAAACGAUAGAAGUAGUCAAAAGCAAAAAGCCGUAUUUCACUUGCUGCUAAUAUAAAGAAGGGACGACGGUAGUACAUUUAUACAUACA